AUGCUGGGCCAGGAUGAGGAGAAGGAGGAGGAAACCUUGCACGGCGGCACGAACCUGCCACCCUGGAACUCUGAAGCUGUCGGCGGCCAUCCUGGCACGAUCUCGGUCGGGGUCAUCCACGAAGACGAAGCUUUCGACGUGGUGGAUGCUUCGAUGGCUCGCAAGUCCUCAGCGUUGAGCGGCUCUCCAUCGACGUCGGCAGCAACAGCUGCCUCCUCCUUGAGUCGGAUAACCCGAAUGCCCGCGCGACGAUGUCUCCAGAGCAACUCCGCAUGGAGAAGGAUCGGCAGAAGUUAUGCGAGAGCUUCCAGGAAAGGAUGA